AACAGUCCCCCCCAAUCUAAAAUAAUCAUUCAAAUAGAAACGUUACAUUUCCCACCAAUCUCAUCAUCGCCCUCUUCCCCUCCACCGCCCAUAACUCCUACCUCGAUCCCUUAUAAUUCCCCAUUUCUCGCCAUCCUCUGUUCCCCUUUCUUACAAAUCCCCUUCUCCCUCUCUCUCUUAAUUGAUCCAAUCUUCUCUCUGUUUUCUCCUACUACUGCAAUGGGCGCGAUUGUCGAUCCUGCCGCUACGGCGGCCGCCGCCGCUUCAGUCCAGCACGUCACCAAGAGAUCCUCGGACGAGCUGCUGCGCAAGUUCGCGGAGCUGGGUGAGGAGGAAGAGGAGGAGGAAGCAGAGUUGGCGAAGCAGUCGUGGAAACGGAGGCGAAGCUGCUCGAGAAAGAUGGCGGUGGUGGUGAGAAGAGCUGCGGCGGACGACGACGAGGAAGGGUGCGAGAGCCCGUCCCAAUUGGUGGUGGAGAGGAGGUCGCUGCUGCCGGUGACGGCGCCGAGGAAGAAGUGGCGCGGCGGCGGCAGAGGCAGCAGAGGAGGGAUUAAGAACAAGAAGUUCAUUCUCAUGGACACCAUCGAAAAGGCCUGGAGGAAGGCGUUAGAAGGGGCGUCCAGGGUGAUACUGGAGAAGCAGUAUGGCAAUCGACACAGGCGCCUGAUUAGUGACGUUGCAGUCUAUUAAUUAAUGAUCUAAUUAUGCUUAAUGUGAUCUAGUGCUCUUCUCUAUUUUCUCGUUUUCCUUUGUUCCUAUGAAUGGAACGAUGUGCUAUAUUAUCAUGUCUUGAUGAUGAGUUGGAUUGUGUUUUGUUUCGACGGAACCAAAUCGAUUAAGGUUAGUGGGUUAAUGUACUUGUGUGAACUCAAAUUCAAUGUUAAUCUCAAAGCGAA